AUGCCCACCCUGCCCUCCCUCAACCCCUUCUCCCGCUCGCCCAACGCACCCCAGGACCCCCACCGUACCCUUUCCGAACUCCUCCACGGAGCCAACACUCAAAACGGCUCGCGGUGGUCCAACACGGUCAAGGCGUCCCUAAUCCGCCAGCUAUGGCAGACAGUGUGGCAUGACCCCGAGUGGGUCCAGUACUUUGUACCCGACGAUCAGGCAGGCUCGUUACCAAAGCAGGCCGAAAUCAAGGAUUGGUUGGUAGACACCCCGGAAGCCUUGUACCAGUCGUGGAGUCUGAGUGCUACUCAGAAGGCACUGCAAGAGAAGAAGUCUCGAGAGGGGAAAGGCCCAAUAUGGCCGCCGAGGGCAGGACAGGUGUGCGGCAAGGUCUUUCAGAGGCAUGAGAGGACUUAUACCUGCAAGACGUGCGCUAUAGCGUCCGCAGUGUCACUAUGCGUCGAUUGCUUCAAGGCAGGGGAUCAUGAAGGCCACGAAGUCCUCUUUAGUCAAUCCUUCUCCUUCUCGGCAUGCUGUGACUGUGGCGACCCUACCGCACUUUGCGAUGAUCAACAUCUCGGCUGCUCCCAUCAUCCUAGGCUCCCUCUCGGCCAGACCAACCCACCCACGCCAUCAAAGUUCGACGUCCCCGACGGGCUUGUCAUCGCACUACAAAAGACCAUCGCCAUAUGUGUAGAGUACAUCAUACACGUAAUCGAGCAUUCUCAUCUCCCCGCUGACUAUGGACAACUGCCAAAGACGGAGGAGGAAAUGCGGUCCACCAAUGGUCCCACCGGAGAACCGAGGGAGAGAUGGGGCAAGGGGCCAUGGGCGGUUGUGAUGUGGCACGACGACAAGCAUGUGAUGAAGGAGCUUGCUAGGCAGGUCAGGGAUGGAGUGGGAGUCAAGUGGGAAGUGGCCGAGCAAUGGGCGAGAGAAGCAGACACUGUUGGUCGUAAAGUCAUACUGGCAUCGCCAAAUCCAGUAGUGGCAUUCCAUGCCGCCAACAUGCUCCAUCAAGUGGACGCCGCCGUAUCUCUGCGCCCCGCCGCAGAUGUCUUUAAAGAAGAGAUAGUCGCCGUUUUGAUCGAAUGGCUAUACGACUUGCGAGCGUCCAUCAUCGGAGGCGACGAUCGUUUAUCGAAACGCCUGCUCGCAAACGCCCUCUUUGAGAAAAGAGUUCUUCCUCCCGCGGCUCCUGGAACCCCUCUGACACCGGAUUUGAAUGAUCUCGUGAAUGGCAAGAUACUAGGAAAACCGCAGGAGAUCAAAAGGAUAGAUUGGCUGCUACAGCUUGACCCCCGGCUGUGGAAAAAGGCGAAAUGGCAGAUGCGACAGAUAUAUUGCUCGAUAUUCUUGAAUGACCAAGAAUGCUCAUACUUUAUAGCUUGUCGCUUUGCCCUCAACUAUCCCAGAAUCGCCGAACAUUUCCUCUUCCAAGACCGCGAAUUCGACACCAACAUCCUAUUCUCAUCUGGCUACGUUGUCCUCACGAAUGGUCCCGCCGCAGCCUACGCCACUGCCCAUGACAAUCUACUCUCCAACAUUGUCCAAGUAGCGCAAGCAUGGUAUACGGGCCAAGUUGUGACUACAGAUGGAGUGGACCGGCUGGUCAUACCACCUGUCAGUCUAGACAUGGUAGAUCAGGCGCAGAAGGGGAGAUUAGAUUUGGAGAUUCCGGCGUUUUCGGUAGCAGGAAAGAAGGGUCUGGCGAUCAUUGGUCAUAUCAGAAGCGCUAUCAAGCAUGACGAGACUAGGCGAGUGAUUGUCAAGCAGAAUCAACUCUUCAACCGACUCCUUGGCUUCGUCAACAUCUUUGUGGGUAUCCAGCCUCAAAGACGCGAAAAGGGAGGGCACAUCGAGUAUGAGAUUGAAUGGUUGAGAUCAUUCAUCGUUCUGGGUGACUUGUCCAGACUCUGUCGAGAUAUGGGAGAGAUUUUCUCUGUUGCUGCACCAGAUGCUCUGCUACAGAGCAUGUCUCUGGUUGCGAACCGCGUCUUCUGUGACAUGUUUCUUCUAUCCAACACUCUCGACAAAGAGCGAUACCUCCCUAUAACCCAACAUACCGUCAACAACGUCCUUGUCCCUGGCUCCAGCGCCGUCCUCAUCAAACAAGACAUUUCCACCAUAGACGCUUUCAGCUUCCAUCAUUAUCUCAACUUGCUUUUUGCAGAGAUGAUGAAGAAUAUGAGGACGGCCAUCACGUGGGUAGAUGGAAAGGUGAAUGGAAUGGGCUUUGUGGAGGUUGUGGAAAAGUUUGUGUUUGGAGGAGGAGAUAAGGCGAGUUGUGAGAGAAUGAAGUUGAUGAUGUUGGAGUGGCCUCUUCAGAAGCAUGUCGUGUUUGCUCAAAUUCGCGCAAACAUGUGGAAGAAGAACGGCUCGGCGUUGAGAUUGCAACACCACCACUACUGUGACGUGUCUGUUCGUGAAUCGACCAUCGACCAGGAGCUGUUCCUCCUUCAAGUCGGCCUCUGCGUUGUUGACCCUUUCAAAUUUAUUAUUGCUUGCAUCGACCGCUUCGGCCUAGGAGACUACUUUCAGGGCAGUGUGACGGACCCCAGACUAUGGUACGAUGAGGACCUCGAGCCCAAGCAGAAGAUCAAUCUGCUAGAAGACUUCUUGCUGUUGAUCAUCCAGCUGGCGACGUAUCCUGUCUUCAUCAACGGCUGGGAUAGACGUAAGCUGACGCGCAAGUUGAUCAUUCAUCUCUUGGCUGUCCAGCCUAUGACCUAUUCCGAGAUAUACCGAAAACUCCCAGAAAGAUCACAGGAGACCAGCUGCUCGCCCAUCUUGUCGGAGGUGGCCAACUUUAGGAGCCCGACAGAGAGUGCACCUGGACAGUACAGUCUCAAGGACGAGAUGUACAACGAGGUGGAUCCUUACUGGAGAUACUACUCCCGUAAUGACCAGCGUGCGGUCACCGACAAGCUUGUUGCUCGCGCAAAGAGACUGAGCGGCUUGAAAGACGAGCCUCUCGUUCAACCUCUUCCGCUAGAGCUACCUGACUCUGGCCAGCCAUUCUCCACUAUCGCCGACUUCCUGGGUACCCAUGUGGUCGCCGACAUAGUCCAUUGGGCGUUUGCGCACUCCAUGCACAUCGCGACUCCGGAACAUCCCGUGAUACCCACCUGGGACUUGGUCCUCGACUACGCCCUGCACCUGUCCAUGCUUGCUCUCAGUGUGAACGCUCAAGAGUUUGCACAACAGUCGGUCUAUCUGAAGGGUUCGGAAGGGUCAAACAGCACGUUCCAAAACCUUUGGGUAAUGCAGUCUGACGCAGCGUUCCAGCCGUUCAGAGCCAGGGUGGAUUACAUCCUGGAUACUAUCGUCGCCAACCUACCGCCCCACUACACGGCCGACUAUCGCGCUCACAAGGAGAGCGAGAAUCUUAUAGCUCUGUCAAGCCCGGCCAAGCCAGACCCCAAGGCUUCGGCGGCUGCAAGGCAAAAAGCGAUCAUGGCCAAGUUUGCUAAACAGCAGCAACAAUUUGCGGCCAUGAUGGACGGCGCGGAUGAUGAUGACGAUGAUAUCGAGGUGGAACAUGGGGUGAAAGAAGAAGAAAAGUCCUUUGGCAAUUGUAUUGUCUGUCAGGAGGAGGUCACCGCCAAAAAUCCUGGCGGGAUGCUCACUCUGCUACAGCCGAGUCGUCAACUGCGCGAAACAGUAAACUCGAGAGACUGGCUGGAAGAGUCUAUCUUGGUGCCCACUAGCUUGGACAGGUCGGGAAGAUAUCAGCGAUACACUCACGACACCCAACAUCCUGAGCCGGCCAGUACAGAGGGCUACCCGUGCACCAACAUGAAAUUCGGCAUCCACAUGUCGGCAUGCGGUCACUACAUGCACGAAAACUGUAUGACGAGUCACUUUGAGGGUACGAAAGUGCGUCAUACCCAACAAGUACAGCGUCACCAUCCCGAGAAUGCUGUCCGGCUCGAGUAUAUGUGCCCUCUGUGCAAGUCAUUGGGCAAUGUGCUCAUUCCUGUUGAACCGACAAGGACGACGACGAAAGCUGCUGUAGCCGCAAAUAAGGAUGAUGAUGUUGUACCAACUCUCUCAAUGGUCAUCAGGAGAGUGUCGAGUGAAGGGCUGUUGAGGGUCGCGGAUAGUCAGAGGAUAUGGGAGCAUCACGUCGAGACUGGAGAAGUCGUACCAUGGUUCUCUGAUUGUGUCUUCUCCUUGCACUCUCUGGACCAUAGCCACCGAAGAGGUAGCAUGAGGGUAAUAUCAAGGAUGGCCGACAGAAUGGGUGGUCUAGUGCGGCCUCUGUCAGAGCAGAGCCAGAGGAUCAGAGGCAAAAAGACCCACAUGUACCUUCCCGACGACAUGGUGGCAUACACGGCAUCGAUGAUCGAGAUCACCCAGCGCGGUCACAAGAACAAUAGCGCGGAUGCCUUGACUGUAGCCGAGCAGAUCAACGAGACCUCUCUCAAGCUCAUAGGGAAGCUGGUUGGAUUACUCCAACUUGAGCUUGACCUUUACUUUGGCCCCUCAUUUGACCGGACGUCUUUGCGAGUCGGGAUUUUUGCGAGAUUCUUGCCAGACUGGUAUCGAUCCAGUACACUUCCUUCCCCUCUGCUCAUCAGACAUCCCCUUGGCAUGGUCAUUGAGUGUGCUGCCAUCGCGCCCGAUUUGCUCCAAGCAGUCAUGAUCAUGGCGUACUAUGCCGAGCUUACGCGCUGUAUGCUCGCCUUGUCUUUGUAUGUCAAACGCUGUCUUGGCCCUCGACAGAGCCCCGCAUUGCGCACUCAGCCUUCUAGCGACGAGUCGUCAGCGGACGCCCUCACCGUCUUUGCAAACUUCAGGCCGGUCAUGCAGUCCAUCCUGCGACAUGCUGGCCCGUUUGCCGACACCGAUGGCGUCCUGGCACUCCUUUCCGAUGAGAUGCUGUCCAAGCUUCUCUACUCUUACACUCUCCCGUUCCUUCGUAGAUGUGCUAUUAUCUACUACGCUGUGACGGGGACAUACCCGCUCACGAACCCUUCGCUUAUCAGCGACUUUACCUCCUCCACUAGCGAGUAUAAUCGCCUCCUCACUGUCCUCGGUAUCCCCAGACCGACAGAGACCCUCGGUAACCCUUCUUCAACUGAAACUCCCAUCGUCGCGCGUUGGAUUACCCAGUGGGCUUUACACGGGCGUGUGAUGCCUGUUCUGGAGUACCCCGGGACGUACGAGCUGGUGAGGUUACCGGAAAAGUGGGAGGAUCUGGUGUUGGCAAUGGUGAACAGGAAGUGUCAGAAGUGUAAGACGAAGCCGAUCUGGCCGGCGAUUUGCCUGUUCUGUGGAACUUUGGUGUGCUUGGCGGGCGAUUGCUGCUUGCAAGGGGAGCAAGGGGAGUGUAAUUUGCAUAUGAGAGAAUGUGGUGCUGUAGUCGGCAUGUUUGCCGAUAUAAGACGCUGGAGCCUGCUUUAUCUCUACGCUGGCUCCGGUAGUUUCGGAUCCAUGCCCUAUCUCGACGCACAUGGUGAAUUAGAUGUAUCUAUGAGGCGUGGUCAUCGACAAUACAUGCAUCUCGAGCGGAUGGAUGCGCUGAGAAAGACGUGGCUAACGCAUGCUAUCCCGCAUGUCACGGCGAGGAGGUUGGAAAUGACGCUAGACCAUGGAGGUUGGGGAUGCUUAUAA